AUGGCUGGACGACCUCAACGAGCAUGGAGGAGGGUCUUUCUUCUCGUCCUCUGCCUUGUUGCCUGGUGCAAUGACCACUGCACCACGUCGACCACUGCAUCUCUUCCUCCGCAGCGUGGAUCCUGGCAGGGUGGGGAAAGAGCGUUCAAGAGGUUGUUGCUGCGAGGAGGGAUGGGAGUGGACAGCCUGUUCGGCCUCAAGAGCUUGCCGAUAUCGCCACAAGAUGAGGGUUAUAUGCCAUUUUUGAAGCACGUGCUUGAAAUGGACGACGAGGAAGAGAUAAAAGAAUUUAUGAAAGAUUUCCCCAGUGAUAUCCGGGAUUACGACCUGCCAUCGGAGAUUGAAGAUGACGACGACAAGGGAUUUGAGAGUGGCAACAAUCCCAAGUACGCUAAGGGAGAAAAGAUGCAUGAAUACACCAAGAACGAGGUCUUGGCGAACAAGGUGAAGAGGGCGAUAGAGGACCUUGGCGCCAUCGUAGACUCGUCCAACCGCAAGUGGAAGCACUUCCGUGCGCUGCAUUACGCUGCGACUUUCAAUCGCUCUGCUGUUGCGCUGUUGCUGAUAGAGGACUACGGUGCAGUGGUGGAUGUGCAAGACACCGAGGGCUUCACCCCAUUGCUGAGGGCCGUCAAGUUUGGCAACCUGGAAGUUUGCAAGAUUUUGGUCAAGUUCGGGGCGAUGCCGAUCGUGUGGACGAGGAACCACUGGAAUGGUUUUGAUCUCGCGAUGAUGACGGAGAACGAAGAAAUUAUGAAAUUCCUGCAACUCGCCAUGGUCUACCAUUUCAAGAACAGCACGGAUGGAUAUGAGAGUUAUUCGGGGGACAUGGCGAUGUAUCCACGAGGGGAUAUAACGAACUUGACGAACAAGGAGAUUAUCACCCUUGCUGCCAAGCAGCGAGAGAGCAAGCGAGCGGAGAUACGGCAGUACCUUGCAAGUUUGCUGCCUCCAGGAAAGCUUCCUCGGCAUUACAGGAAGCGUCAGUUUCCUCUUGUCAACGCUUCCAAGGUGACAGUACGCGAGAUCGAGAAAUUGACGCGGAAGCUGAGGAUGUGA